AAGCAAACAAUCUGAUAACCUCAUAAGCAUAAGCAAUACUGUUCGUAUCUAAUUACGGAUUUUUCAGUUUAAUAUUGUCGAAUUUUUGCUUGUGUGUGGAUUUUCGAACUAAUUUUACGAUUCGGUGAAAAUUGCUCACUUUAGGAUUAAAUUAUGUUCAUGACAAUUAAAAUAUAGAUGUAAAAACCAAAAGGAAUUGUAGGGGCUCUGACAGUAAUGAGCUGGGAGCAGGGUUUAAGUCCCUUUGAUCACGAUAUACUCAAUACAUAUGAGGAGAGGACCAUGGACGACGAUUACGACUAUGAUUCAGGCGUUAACAACAAAACAGUUACAAUUGACGACUGCAAGGAGGAGUUUUCUAAUCAAACACAAUAUCUACAGGAAAAUUAUCCAGAUGAUUUUUGUAAGGUAGCAUUCGAUAGUAUAGCAUGUUGGCCUCCUACGAGGAAAAAUGAAGUGGCUACUAUUCAAUGUUUCGCCGAAUUGUUUGAGGUUAAAUAUGACUCAACACAAAAUGCCACGCGGCUUUGUACAGAAAACGGUACGUGGGGAAAACAAAAUUUUUCCAUGUGCGCGGAACUUGAAACUGAAAUGGAAGAAGACACGACCCAAACAAUAUACUUCGUGGGUUUUACCAUAAGCUUAAUAACUUUAACGAUAGCUGUAGCAAUUUUCAUGUAUUUCAAAGAUCUGCAUUGUCUUAGAAAUAAGAUCCACAUAAACCUUAUGUGGUCAUAUAUUUUAAUGUACUGCAGUUGGAUCAUGAUGCUUAUAUUAAUUAAUUACAAGAACGAAAUAUUGUUCUGUGGGUUUGGUACCAUGCUGCUGCAUUACUCCCAUGUUUCUACGUUCUUUUGGAUGUUUGUUGAGGGAAUGUAUCUCUAUAUUCUUGUCGUUAAAACUCUCAGACAUGAUACUUUUAAGUUGAGGAUAUACGUCAGCAUUGGAUGGGGUGCUCCAUUGAUCAUCGUCAUUUUAUGGUCUGUAAUCAAGGGGCUUGUAACUAUAAAGGAUAGCAAUUGUUUUUGGCUACAAAACGAUCUACUAGACUGGAUUUACCUUUCUCCACCUCUACUAGUUAUUUGUCUAAACCUAGUGUUCCUCGUCCAGAUAAUGUGGGUACUCAUUACAAAGCUUCGUUCCUCUCCUACAGUAGAGCAUAAACAGCACUACAAAGCAGCUAGAGCUUUGCUAGUACUCAUGCCCCUGUUGGGAGUUACAUGGGCAGUCACCAUUUACGUACCUGCCGGGACGAUAAACACCAAGUUGUUCGAAUACAUACAGACAGUUCUGCUAUCAACACAAGGUCUAAUGAUUGCUCUGUUUUACUGUUUUUUAAAUACGGAAGUUCAAAAUUCCAUUAGACAUAAUUUCGAUCUCUGGAAGGAUAGAAGGUCAUUGGGAUCUCAUCGUUUUUGGUCAAACUCAGCACAACGUCAUCAUCGCAGGCAUACCGAAUGGACACUAGUCAAUGCUGAUGAUAUUGAACAACCACCAGCAAAUCAGACCCAAAUUACAAACCACGUAGAUGAAAACCAAAGUGUUAAUACAAAUAACAUUCAAACAACGCGUUUUGGUUCGAUUUGAAAUGGAUGUAAAAUGGAAAGCAACCGAGAUGUGCCAUACUGGGGAUGACGUCACGAACUUCGUUUUUUAGCUUUAUAUUCGUGUAUUGAUGCUAAACCAACCAAAUAGCGUAAUCUAUUUAACAUUUUAUUUUUAAAUGUUUUUGUAACUAUAUAUUGGGUAGUUUUUAGUUGAGUAUAAAGAAAGAGUUUUGCAACGUAUGCAAUAGCUCUUUUUGUCUCGAAUACAAUAAAAGUAAAGUACUAUUACUAUAGGGUCAAUCCAUGCCAAGUGGUCCAAUAUAAAUUAAGUUGGCUGUUGGCUAUUUUUAAUAUUUUUUAUUUUUCUACCUUCAGUCUAUAGAGACUACAGAAUUCCAUUUAUUUUAUUUUUAAAAAAUUUAGUUUGCCGAUGACGGCCGUUUUUGUUAAAGCGUGUCGAUCAUUUUCACGGAAAACAUGGCUUCGCUCUUUAGCCAAUAUUUUUACAGAGGUUUGUCCUAGGACAAUAAAUCAAAAACCAAACUUUUUAGAAAAGUACGCUCUAAAAAACCGGCCUAUAAUAGCUAUUUGUAUAACAAGGGAGGAAAGUGCUACUUUUCCUCCCGAGAAUGAAGUUUACUGCCCGAGGCGUAGCGGAGGGCAGUAAUCAUUCAAGGGAGGAAAAGGCACUUUACUCCCAUGUUAUACAUAUGAUUUUUCCACCUUCCUCAAAUAACAAGUCAUUUUUUUAUUUUUACCUAAUUUAUUUACGUAACUAACCAACAAAAUUUAUUAGAACUAAAACUAACAAGUAGGUACAAUAUAACUGUCAACUGUCAAAUAUAAGUCAAAUUAUUAAUGUAAACAUUGUUAAAUCAGAAUAACAAUUUACUGUUUUUACCAUUCUGCAAAAUACAGGCUGUUUUUUAAAUAAACGUUAAAAUGUAUAGAUACUUACGUAAUAGAAAAUAGAUAUUGUACAGGGCGUCAAUAAGUUAUAUUUCAUGAAUGAAAUACCAUGACGUCACUUUUACUUUUCCUCCCUAGGGAGGAAAAAUAUUUUCCUCCCUAGGGAGGAAAAGUACAACUUUGCUCCCUACAAUCAGGUCCGGAAAAGUAUACUUUCGGUAGAGGUAGGUGGAAAAAUUAUUUAAUUUCAAACUACCCUUAAGGCCUUAAAUGAACCUCAAAGUUUGAAAAGGUAAACUGAUAAAAUUCCAUUUUCAGCAUUUUCGUAACAGCAUAUAAGGCAAGCCGAUAAUGGUUUCUAAUUUUUUUCUGCAAAAGACAUACGUAAAUACUUUAAAUAAAAAAAGUUUGAGCUUUGCGACUUGGGUAAAUUUUUUCAAAAAAAAUCUCAAAAAUGUCAUUUUUUGAAAAAUCUCAAAUUUUGACCCCUUAUUAUAUCUCUGAUGGGCACAUCUCUGAUAGCCCAUAAGAAUAAGGAGUAAAAAUUUGUAGUUGCAGACUUACCUCAUAUAUAGGAGUAACAAUCCUGAAAAAAUGGUCAAAAAUCAAAAUGGUCAAAAUUUAAGCGUUUGCGGGCUAGGUAAUUAAAAUUCAAAUAAACUGUCUAAUGAAAUAAAAAUUAAUCUAUUUUCACCAGAUUUCACAAUGAAUACAAAUUUAUACAGGGUGUUCCAAAGAAAAGAAUUCGCGACCUUGAUAUUUGUCAGUUAUUAGAUUUUAAGGGAAUGCCGAAACAGGUCGAUUUUUAUUUUUAAAUUACCAUUUUUUUUUAUAUAUAUUUCAUAGUCUCCAUGACGUCAUCCAUCUGGGCGUGAUGCCGUAAUUGAGGAUUUUUUUAAUGGGAAUAGGGCUCGUAUGUUAUCUCAUUUGAAAGAUUGUUCAAUUCUCAGUUCAGUAGUAUAAACAAUAAUAUAAUUAUUUAUACAGGGUGGCCAAAAAAUAAUUUUUUAAUUAAAUUAAUUGACACAAAAAUAAGAAUGUAUGUAAUUUAUUUAACUCAAAAUACAUUUUAUUCCUGUCAUAAAAUAGAAAAAAAUAUAUUAUUUGGUAAAUAAACAUUGCUUUUCGCUUAAAUUAAAUGUUCAAACUGUCAAGAGGUAGGUGAGAGGCUGUUUGUGAUUUAAUUUAAGCGAAAAUAAAUGUUUAUUUGUGAAAUAAACAUUUUUUCUAUUUUCUGACAGCAGUAAAAUGUAUUUUUAGUUGCCACAAGACCCCUAUUCCCAUUUAAAAAAAUCAUCGAUUACGUCAUCACGCUCUGAUGGAAAACAUCACAUAGUAUGAAAUAUAUCCCAAAAAGUUGCAAUAUGAUAAAAAUAAUAAUGGACCUAUUUCGGCAUUUCCUUAAAAUCUAAUAGGUAACUAUUGCCAAAUAUCGAGAUGGACUCUUUUCUUUGGCCCAUCCUGUAUAAAUUUGUAUUCAUUGUGAAAUCUGGUGAAAAUACAUUAAUUUUUAUUUCAUUAGAGUUUAUUUGAAUUUUAAUUACCCUGCCGCAAACGCUCAAAUUUUGACCAUUUUGAUUUUUGACCAUUUUUUCAGGCCUGUAACUCCUAUACGACGUAAGUCUGCAACUCCAAAUUUUUACUUCUUAUUCUACUUGCUAGGGGCUAACAUUCAACCAAAUUUCAAAUUUUUUCAUCCGUGUCCAUCAUGGAUAUAAGGGGUCAAACUUUGAGAUUUUUCAAAAAAUUACAUUUGUGAAUUUUUUUUGAAAAAAUUUACUCAAGCCUCCAAGCUCAAACUUUUUUUAUUUAAAGUAUGUACGUAUGUCUUUUCCAGAAAAAAUUACAAACCAUUAUCGGCUUGCCUUAUGCUGUUAAGAAAAUGCUGAAAAUAGAAUUUUAUCAGUUUACCUUUUCAAACUUUGAGGUUCAUUUAAGGCCUUAAGGGUAAUUUGAAAUUAAAUAAUGCUACAGGCAAUUUUUUAGAGCAUACUUUUCUAAAAAGUUUGGUUUUUGAUUUAUUGUCCUAGGACAAACCUCAGUAAAAAUAUUGGCUAAAGAGCGAAGCCAUGUUUUCCGUGAAAAUGAUCGACACGCUUUAACAAAAAUGGCCGUCAUCGGCAAACUUAAUUUUUUAAAAAUAAAAUGAAUGAAAUUUUGUACUCUCUAUAGACUGAAGUUUAAAAGGUAGAAAAAUAAAAAAUAUUAAAAAUAGUCAAGCAACCACCUUUGGACAACUUGGCUUAUAACAACCCUAUAACGUCGGUCAAUAAGUCCUGGGCCUAACUAGUGAAACUUUUUUUGCAAAAAUUAUUCUUUAUUCAUCAAAAUAAUCUCCUUUAGCGGCGAUGCAAUCAUUCCAACGCUUUUAUAAUUUUUUUAUGCCCCUUUGUAAAACGAUUUGUCUUUGCCUUAAAAAUACGUUUCAUUUUCGACGAUUACUUCCUCAUAGGAGCGAUAUCCCUUACCACGGAUCAUUUUUUAGAUCUGAAAAAAGGUGGUAAUCACUGUGGGUCAGAUCUGGACUAUACGGUGGAUGCAGACGCAAUUCUAAGACGAAAUCGUGCAUUGUUGACAGGUAUAUUCUUUACAAUUUCCGCCUUCAAAUCCUUCAGUAAACCAAUAUGCUCGUCAAUAUUGAUUGUUUCUCCAUGUUUCAAGUAGGUAGUCAAUGAAAAUAUUUCCUUGCGGGUCCCAAAAUAUAUAGAAGACAUGACCUUCCCGUCGGUUUGUUGCGUCUUUGGACGGAUUUGUCAGAGUGGUAUCCACUCAUCUGAUGACUGCUGGUUUGAUUCCGAAAUAAAUAAGUGAUUAAUCUAUAUUUCAUCCACUGCGUGACAUACCUACGCAAUCCACUACGUUUAAACAUGUAUAAACAGCGCCGAGAAUCAUCAAUCCGCGUUGUUGUUUAUGCUCAUCUGGUGUGACAAAACCUGACAUCCACUUGGAAAACAGCUUUCUCAUACCAAAAUGUUCGUGUAUAAUAUAUGUAGUGAAAACACGUCCCCUUGAUAACUUUGGAGUGUCAGCUAUAUCUUGCAACUUCACUUUGUGAUAUCCAUAAUAAUUUUCAACGUUUUUUCGAUAUAUUUGGGAAUAACAGCAUCAUUUGUCAUCAUUAUGUCAUUCCAGAAAGCUCGGCAUCAUUGGUGUCGUUACGACCGCGUUUGAAUUCAACAAACUAUCAUUUAUUAGUUGUAAUCGAUGGAGCAAAGUCCCGGUAACACUUUUUGAGCCAUUACUUAGUUUGGACAUUUUUUUCAUCAAAUAACAGUGAUAAAGCAACACACGAAAUUUCUGUGUGUCCAUCGUUUAUGAAAAUCGCAAAAGUAGCGUUACCUACUUCAAGCUCUGAAUUCGGUAAAUAAUAAUCCGAAUAACAUGAAAUUUUGAUACUUAGUAUACUUUUGAAUAUUGACACUAUCGAAAUUUCAUAUGGAUAAUUCAUUAGAGUCGCCAUCUCAUGGUUAGAUCCGGAACUUAUUGACCGACCUAUUAGCUAAUUUGAAAUGUUUCUUAAGCCAAGCCGCACACCAAAGAAACAUGAAACGAAAAACAUGAAACAUGAAACGAAAAACAUGUUUCAUGAAACUAAAACACUGCUAAACAAAUCUCAAAGUCCGCCUACCAAUGAAACGAGUGUGAUUCAUGCUCAUGACACAUUUUUAUUUUCGGAGAGUUUCAUAAAUGGCCGGACGUAUAUUUGUUUAGCAGUGGUUUAUUUCCAUGAAACGUAAUUUACGUUUCAUGUUUCUUUGAUGUGCGUUCGGGCUAGAGUUCAAAAUUGACUACUGCCCGACCAACCAUAAAUAAUUUACUGGGUUUAGAAUCAGUUCCUGCAUGUAAACUUAAAAAACCGUGGCGUCACAUUGUGUGGAAUUGUAAGGAUGAUUCGAAUUAUGAAUUCAAUGAAUUCGUUUAUGAUCUAAGAGUCAACAGCUACACUAUAAGAGAAUAUAUCGUUUAUCUUUUUUAAAUAAAUUGAUGAAACAAUC